AUGUUCCUCGACGCAGUGCGAAAGGACAAGGCCAGCGCCACGGACGGCCGCGAUCCUAUUCAAGAGCGGUCCGCGGAUACCACGCCGAGCGACACAGACAAGCCCGGUCCCUCGGACCAGGAACAGGAACAGGAACAAAUCAUGUUGGAAGAGAAGGAACCGGCCGAGCCGCAUUUUGAACGCGGCCUCCGGUUCUGGGCAAUUAUCGUCGUGCUCGGGAUCUCGGGUCUUCUGGGCUCGCUUGAACACACGGUGGUCGUGACGGCCGGCCCAUACAUUCUGCAGGAUCUCAACAUGCGGGAGGAGUUCGUCUGGAUCACCAACGGUUUCUUCGUCACCAGCACAGCCAUGACGCCACUACUUGGACAGCUAUGCAACAUAUUCGGCCGGCGGUGGGUGUUCCUUACCGUGAUCGCUUUCAACACGCUUGGCAGUGGCAUCUGCGGCGGCGCGACCAGCAGCGACAUGCUGAUCGCCGGGCGGGCCCUCCAAGGCGCCGGUUCGGGCGGUAUUGUGCUGAUUAUAAACAUUAUCGUGUCGGACCUGUGUCCCCUACGCCAUCGCGGACGAUAUUUCGCUGUGAUCUUGGCUAUCUAUGGCAUCGGCCUGGCUACUGGCCCGCUAAUUGGUGGUGUUGUUGCCGAAUACUCGACGUGGCGAUGGGUCUUCUACCUGAGCCUGCCCAUCGGUGGCUUCUCAAUGAUUUCUAUGUUCUUCCUCCUGCGCUACGAUACCAUCGACAACACAACCAUGGGCCAGAAGCUGCGCCGGCUUGACAUCGUCGGCAACCUUAUUCUUGCAGCCAGCACUGUGUCGGUCCUGUACUCGUUGACAUACGCCGGCACAAUCUACUCAUGGAGCUCGUGGCAUACUCUGGUGCCCCUUCUGGUAGGAUUCUUGGGCUUCUUAAUCUUCGGCCUCUAUGAAGCCUCAGGGCUGCCAGUCGAGCCCGUCAUGCCGAUGCGGCUGCUCGCGCAUCGCACGUCCAUUAUCGUCUUCAUCAACACAUGGGUCAACGCAUGCAUGUACCUAUGGUUUCUAUACUUCCUGCCAAUUUAUUUCCAGGCCGUCGCGCUAUAUUCGGCCACCCGUGCUGGCUAUUCGCUUUUCCCGCAAGCUGCCGCCGGCGCUCCCGCCUCGAUCGUCGCCGGCCUUAUCCUCAGCCGCUGGGGCAAAUUCAAAGCCCUCCACUUUGCUGGCUUCGCCUUCUGCGCCGUAGGCAUGGGUAUCACCUCCCUCGUCGACGAAUCAACAUCCAUCGUGCACUGGGCUGCCUGUCAGAUCCUUGUGGCCAUCGGCGUAGGCGUCGUCGUCGACACGCUGCCGCCCGCCUUCCAGGCGCCCGUGUCCGAGGACGACCAGGCGGCCGCGACGUCGUGCUGGGCAUUUAUGCGCUCCUUCGGCGGCAUAUGGGGCGUCGCCAUCCCCGCCGUCGUCUUCAACAACCGCGUCGACGAGAUGUUGACCUCGACGGUAUCGGACCCGGCAGCGCGUGCUCUACUGGGACGCGGCGGCGCAUUCCAGGAGGCCUCGGCGAACUUCGUCAGGCAGUUUGCCCCAGACGUGCAGGCCGAGAUCCGCACGCUCUAUGCCGACGCCCUCGACCGCGUUUUCUGGGUCGGCGCCGUCUUCGCGGUUGUGGGAGCCCUGUUGUGCCUCAUCGAGAAGGAGGUGCCGAUGCGGCUUCACCUUCAGACCAGAUACCACCUUGAGAAAGGGGAAAAGACUGGGCAUGGGAAUGAGGCGUAG